UUUUGAACUUUCAAUCAACUCUAAUGCUUUUCAUGCCAAAAUCGAAUGCUUUCCAAUAUAAAUAAUUUCUAAAUUCUAACAAGAAGUAGUCGUGCUUACAACUCUCUGCCUAAAACAUCCUUAACUGUUUUUCGUUUCUUAUUCGAUAGUCUACAAUGUUUAAAUUCAUUUGUUUGCUUGUUGUUCUUAUCGCAUCUACGGCAAUGGCUGAAGUGGAUUUUAACAACCCCACCCAGUUCUCCUAUUGGUGUCCAUUUGGAAGCAUUGGUCCCGCGUCCGGGAAUGGCAUUGAAUCCGAACAGGCCCAACAGAUCUUGAGUGCAGUUUUAGAGAAUAUUUCGAAAAUUGAUGAAAAUCAAUAUAGAAUUGAUCAAAUCAAUACGGCCUUUAAGUGCUCAUAUAACACUGACUUGCACGAAUUCAACGCCAAUCUUUUAGAUAAGAAUGACCAAAGCAAAUCAUGCGUUCUACAGAUAUAUAAAAACUAUGAAAAAACAGGCAAUGGCUCAACGACGGAUACUAUUAUAGCCUGUGACAAUGAUCCACAAUAUUUCAAGUCUUAUACUGAUGUAUAAAAUUGAAGCAACUUUGUCAUAAUUGGAUCAACAAUAAAACAAACGAAUGCAAGAUGUUGAGGAAAGAUGAAAAAUUAAA